CAUUUUUUAUAUCAUUAUUAUCCCUACUCAUAUCAUCAUCAUAAACUUACAUCAUGCCAUCCACCACCAUUGAAUACUCUACCUUGCGUCGAUUGAGCAUGCUCAAUAUCCCAAAGCAAGAGAUCGAUUUUGAUGUCUACAAUUUCCAAACAGAAUUACGCCGAGGUUCACUGGCUGAACUUCCUUUUGAAAGCAGAGAACUUGAAGCUUCGUUCUGCAAGAACUUCUCCUGUUGCGGCCUCGUCUUGCAAGACUUGCACGAUCUUUUGCAGCAUUAUGAAGAGAGCCACGUUCGUUUUGAAGAAGAUGAGAAUGCUUCUUUUGAUGAAGACGAAGAUACUUGGUCUUGCUCUUCUUUGAAUGAGAACUCCUUGUCUGUUCCCAAUAGCCCUCAAGUUCUUAGCCGUCAAUUAUCUUCUCAGACUUACCAAAUUAAUGCUUUGAAGCGAAAGGCUGCAGCCACUAUGAGCGACUUUGAUCUUUACCCUGAAGAAGAGGAAGAGAUUGAGGAUAAUGAAACCGCAGCUUUUGACACUUCAGUCCUUCGCUCCAUCUCUGGCUCCCCUGCUACUGCUUCUCCAUCUGCCAUCGUCACUCCCAGAGCCUCACCUGAACCUGCUGCUAAGAAGCAAAAGACAUCUCCUGCCAUGGACAUGCUUUUGGCUCAAUCAGCCAAGAAGCUGGCUUCUCUCCCUCCCUCCACCGUUGCCGCCGUAGCUGCUGCCGCCUCUUCCAAUGGCGCCGCUUCCCCUGCCUCCUUUUCUGAUCUGCCAUUGACUCCAUCCCUUAGUGAUGAAGACUUCUUGGCUCAAGCUGGUGCUUUGUUUGCCAUCACCGCCGCCGCUUCUGGCCCUAACCAAAAUGCCGAUAAGCCUUACAAGUGCCCAGUGGCUGGAUGCGACAAGGCAUAUAAGAACCCUAAUGGCUUGAAGUAUCACAAUCAACAUGGUCACUGCAACUUGGUUUCAUCGGAGGAUGGCGACCGUUUCAGUUCCAAGCCUUACCAAUGCACUAUUGGUGAAUGCGGCAAGCGCUACAAAAAUCUUAACGGUCUCAAAUAUCAUAUCGAACAUUCCCACAUGGCGGCUCUCAAUAAUACCUUGGCUAUGAUGGCUCAGCAGUCUACCCCCGCUAGCUCUCCUGUCAUGUCCAACAACAACGUUGCCGCCUUGAUCUAAGAUAUCAAAAUUCAAGCAGGUCUUCAUGGCAUCUUUAUUUUUCCCUUCUUUUGCUUUAUUUCAUUUGUAAAUCUCUAUUCCAUCUGUACACAUUCGAACAACUAGAGUGUUCUUUUGCAUCCAGGAUUAUACACUAUCCUUCUUGUCAUUUUUAAAACAAUCUCCCUCCCCACCU